UCGCCAUGCUUUUCUGGCACAGCCAACCUGACCAUUACUGGCCAAGCCCAGGGGAGAUGUAUCCCUGCUCCAGCAGCAACCUGAUCAGGGAGCCUCUGCCAUUGCCGUUCUUGAAGCAGGAGGAAGCCAACAGCAUCUCUACGUCGGCUGAACAGCAGUGCCCUUCCUUCCAGUAUGUGCUGUGCGCAGCCACGUCCCCGGCUGUGAAGCAGCACGAAGAGACCCUUACUUACCUGAACCAAGGACAGUCUUAUGAGAUCCGAAUGCUCUGUAACCCCAAGAUGGGAGAAUUGGCAGAAGGUCGCAAGAUGUUGAAGAGUGUGGCCAGGGUGGUAUUCCAUGACCGGAGACUACAAUAUACAGAGCAUCAGCAGCUAGAAGGGUGGAGAUGGAACAGACCGGGUGACCGCAUCUUAGACAUUGAUAUCCCAAUGUCUGUUGGUGUCCUUGAGCCCCAUAUCCACCCAACAUUGCUCAACACUGUGGAAUUCUUGUGGGAUCCCACUAAGAGGACAUCUGUGUUUGUCCAGGUCCACUGCAUCAGCACUGAAUUCACACUGCGCAAAGGUGGUGGAGAGAAAGGGGUGCCCUUCCGCAUACAGGUGGAUACCUUCCGGCCCAAUGAGAAGGACGAACACGUGGAACACUUACACUCGGCCAGCUGCCUGGUGAAAGUCUUUAAGCCAAAAGGAGCCGACCGGAAACAGAAAACAGACCGGGAGAAGAUUGAAAAGCAGUCUCUCCAAGAGCGUGAGAAGUACCAGCCUUCCUAUGAGAGCACCGUGUUGACAGAGUGCCCGCCAUGGCCAGAAGCUUCCAGCAACCUUCAUACUCCUCCGGCCACACCUGGCCUGCUCUCUCCGCAUCCCUUCAAGUUCCAGACUCCUGAAAGGGUCUGUUCCUCGCCCAGCUACGCGUUGGACAGCUCAUCAGAAAGUACGGUGGAGGCCCUGAGCCCAAGUGCCUCCAUCUUGGAAACACAACAGUGGCUGCACAAGAACAGGUUCUCCAGUUACUUCCGGGUUUUCGCCAGCUACACUGGAGCCGAUUUGUUAAAGCUUUCCCGCAGCGACCUUGUGCAGAUCUGUGGCACCGCAGAUGGCAUUCGACUUUCCAAUGCCUUGAAAGCCAGGAGCGUGCGUCCUCGACUCAUCCUUUACAUAUCCAGGGAGACAGAAGCAAGUGGGGAUAACAGUCCCAGUACACCUGUGCCUGACAUUUACCAAGAGUUGUAUCUGGAAGAACUAACUGCUACGGAGCUGACCAAUAAGCUGGCUGAACUGCUCAGCCUCCCAGCCAAUCAAAUCCAGCAGCUUUCCAGACAGGGACCUGCAGGAAUUCACAUCCUAGUGAAUGACCAGAUGGUCAGAAAUCUCCCAGAUGAGUCAUGCUUUAUAGCAUCCGUAACAAAAGCACAGAAUUCAGAAGGCUAUCACUUAGUUCUGAAAUAGACUGGGAUCUUCCAGAAGGCUUGCUGUUGAACCGCAAGAACAGUGCCAACGCGGAUGCAGCGAAACCAACACCGAGCUCACUGUGUCCUGAGAUUUCCCAAGGAGAGACCCUCCAACAUCUGGAACUGAAACUG